AUGCCUAGAGCCAAGCAGGAAACCGACAGCUCAGCCAAGUCCAGUGCUGCAGCCAUCCGCAUCAGAGAAAACCAGCGCCGCUCGCGGGCCCGCCGGAAAGAAUACGUCGAGGGCAUGCAGAGGAAGCUGCAGGACUACGAGACCAAAGGCGUCGCUGCCACGCUGGAGAUGCAGCAGGCUGCACGGGACGUGGCCAUUGAGAACGCCCGGCUGCGGCUGCUGCUCGCCCACAGCGGCGUCACCGCCGAUGCCGUCGAGGGCUUCUUGCAGUCCUUCAAGGGCCAGGACGCCAGCGAGGCCGAGCACUACGCCGCCCGCAUCGCCACCGCCGAGUCUAUUGCCGCCCUGGGACGCCCGUCCACCGUCGCCACGCUCUUCCCCGAGCACGCACACAUCGACAAGCUGGCCGUCCUGGCCAGCGCCAGCAUGCAGCAGAGCGCCAGCGGCCACGACUCAGACGGCACAAUCACCUCGGACGACUCGACAACGGGGCCCAGCACGGGGCCCGUCACUCCCAGCUCGAGCAGUCUCAACGCUCCCUCGCCCAGUGACGGCGGCUUCGAGGCGCCCCAGACCAUGUCCUGUGACGCUGCCGCUCACAUCAUUGCCCAGAUGCAGGGCUGUGGCCUUCGGGAGCCGUCCAAGGGGAGUCUGGAAGCCAGCAACCAGGGCGACUACCUCAUUCAGAACUCUGCCUUCUUGAAAAUUCUUGAGGCGGCGUCCAUCUUCAAUUAG